GAACGUACAGCAGCAAGACCCUGCACAUGUAACAGAACUCACUACAUGUAAAACCCCCCAGAAUAACCGCAGACACCAUACAAGCUAUGGAGAAGCACCUUAGGGAACUCGGGACUUGAAGUGAGCUCAAGGAGUGCCGCAUCGAGUUCUCUUGCAGAAUCCUCGUACUGGCCCGAGUCGAGCAGACUUCUAGCAUAAGAAAGCGGAACGGAGAAGACGUUAUGAAGUCGAAGGGCAGGAGGCGAGAGGGAUCGCCACUGACCUCCUCGAAGAAGAGCGCCCACCGGAGGGCCUUCUUGAUCUCGUCGGCGCUCCAAGUAGCAGCGGCGCCGGACGAGGUGCGGCCGCCGGCAAGGACAAGGACGUCGACGAAACCCCGCACCAGACGGAGCACCUCCUCCAUGGUCACCGCCGGGUGCGCCCACCCCAUUUCCCGAGCCUCCUUCUCACGAUCCUGACUUCCGAAGGGACUAACGCGCAAGAAAUCCCGAACUUUUUACUUUGCACCCAGAACCCUAUACUUAUGCAUUUUAUUUUUUCUAUCACUCACUCGGUUCUAUGGUUCGCGCACCUCGCACUACAUACUAGCCUGAGGACCUGAAAAUUCAGCUGAAAUUGUUACAAGGGGUACUCGAAUAAUAGCCGCAAAACCCUAACCUUGGCACCGUAUAAACGAGCCAACCUGUCCACCCCGCGCCGCCGCCACUCCGCCGCUCCUCUCCGCUUCCAAGAUGUCGAAGCGAGGACGUGGAGGUUCUGCUGGUAACAAGUUCCGGAUGUCACUGGGUCUACCAGUGGCAGCCACUGUGAACUGUGCUGAUAACACUGGAGCCAAGAACCUUUACAUCAUUUCUGUGAAGGGAAUCAAGGGGCGCCUUAACAGGCUUCCUUCUGCCUGUGUUGGUGACAUGGUUAUGGCAACUGUGAAGAAGGGAAAGCCUGACCUUAGGAAGAAGGUGAUGCCAGCUGUCAUUGUGAGGCAGCGCAAGCCAUGGCGCCGAAAGGAUGGUGUCUACAUGUACUUUGAAGACAAUGCUGGAGUGAUUGUGAACCCAAAGGGAGAGAUGAAAGGCUCUGCCAUCACUGGACCCAUCGGAAAGGAGUGUGCUGAUCUGUGGCCUAGGAUUGCCAGCGCGGCAAAUGCGAUUGUCUAGUGGAAUCAGUUGAUCGAAAUUUACUUCAAAUAACAUUUGUUUGUGUUGCGAAUUGGGAAGAGAGUUUUUAGUUAGACGAGCUUUUGAUGGCCCUAAAGAUGUUUUCCCGGAUGAUGUUUGUGCUGCUGGACCGUUUCCUGUUAGCUUCGAUGGCAUCCUCCCCAUAUCGAUAAACUGUUGCUUAGCCUGACAAUCGGAAGAGUUUAAAUGUUAAAGAUUUGAUA